CCGACCGUGGAGUGGAUGAGAGGGAGAAACAGCUAGAAAGGGAGGGCGGAUAAAGCUGCGGCGCAUAUAAACACAGGUUUACUCAUGGAAGGGUGUCGGGACAGCUGAGGUUUACAUAAAUACGGGAAAAGGGAUCUGCUGGUGAAGCCGUGCGGAAACAGUUUGGACCUGAACACUGUGACCAAAAACUCCAAGUGUGACAUCUUUCACCAAGUACCAGGAACUACAUUCUAGAAGUCUGCUUGAGAAAACCAGCCAUGACCUCUCACGAUACAGAAGUGUACACGGUGGCGCCGGAGAUGCCAGCCAUGUUUGACGGGAUGAAGCUGGCCGCCGUCGCCACCAUCCUCUACAUCAUCGUGCGGUGCCUGAACCUGAAAAGCCCCACUGCCCCUCCCGACCUCACAUACCAGGACACGGCGCUCAACCGCUUUCUGCUUAAGUCAUGUCCACUUCUGACCAAAGAAUAUAUUCCUCCUUUGUUGUGGGGAAAAAGUGGCCAUUUGCAGACCGCCCUGUACGGCAAGUUGGGCCGGGUGAGUUCACCCCAUCCGACAGGCCUGCGCAAGUAUCUGCCCAUGCAGGAUGGGGCCACAGCGACUUUCGACCUCUUUGAGCCCCUGGCGGAUCAUCAGAGCGGAGCUGACAUCACUAUGGUGAUUUGCCCUGGCAUCGGGAACCACAGUGAGAAGCACUACAUCCGCACGUUUGUGGAUCACUCGCAGAGGCAAGGUUACCGAUGUGCUGUGCUCAACCAUCUCGGGGCCUUGCCAAACAUCGAGCUCACCUCCCCACGAAUGUUCACCUAUGGCUGUACUUGGGAAUUUGCAGCCAUGGUAGGCUACAUCAAGAAGAUGUACCCCCAGACCCAGCUGAUUGUGGUGGGCUUCAGCCUCGGGGGCAACAUCGUCUGCAAGUUUCUGGGAGAGAACCGUGCCAACCAGGAACGAGUACUGUGCUGUGUGAGCGUGUGCCAGGGAUACAGUGCACUCAGGGCUCAGGAGACCUUUCUGCAGUGGGACCAGUGCCGGCGCUUUUAUAACUUCCUCAUGGCUGAUAACAUGAAGAAGAUCAUUCUGUCCCACAGAGGCAGCCUGUUUGGUGGAGGUUCCCCUAAAAUGGUCGAUGCAGACCUAAGACGCCUCUACACCGCCACUUCCCUCAUGCAGAUUGACGAUAACAUCAUGAGAAAAUUCCAUGGCUACAGUUCCUUAAAGGAGUACUAUGAGAAGGAAAGCUGUGUACAUUAUAUUCACAAUGUCAAUGUUCCACUGUUGCUGGUGAACUCUGCUGAUGACCCUCUGGUACAUGGGUCUUUGCUCACCAUUCCCCGCACACUUGCAGAAAAGAAAGAAAAUGUCAUUUUCGCCCUGACGCUGCACGGUGGUCACCUGGGCUUCUUCGAGGGCGCUGUUCUCUUCCCCCAGCCACUCACCUGGAUGGAUAAGGUCAUCGUGGGCUAUGCCAACACUAUUUGUCAGUGGGAGAAGCAGAAGCCAGCAUGCCAAAGCCAGGGCGCACACGCUGCAGAGACCAAAUGCUCGGACAGCUCAUCUUAACUAUUAACUCCUUCAGCUCAGGACCACAGCAGACCACACAGAACUUUCUGACCAGUCACUUUUUACACAAGCAUCACUACUUCCAAAGUCACAAGUGAGGAUCACAUACAUACGAGUAGGUAGACGUUUCAGAGCAAGAGAAACGACAGGGAAAAACACCAUGACCAAAAAUGAACAGAUACAUGUUGCGGCCACCCCACAAUCGUUAGUAAUUUAAACAUGUAAGCGGGCACUGGUCUGCGCUUAUUGAUUGUGCUGUGUGGAAAAGAGGGAAGGAAGACGGCUUACAGCUGCUAGCGUGGAAAUGCUUCAGCACAAACAGCUACUAUAGUCCAACACUGCACACUAUGCUGUACAUAACCUUCGGACAGGGGCGGUUAUGCAGGCACUGUGUGCUUAUAGCUAGGACAGACAUGCUGCCGGCGCCUGGUUUGCCUCUUCUGUUUGGUACUUUGUGCCAUUUAACUUGCCGACCGCUCUGUUCGCUUCUUGAAUAGACCUUGUCAGCUUUUCCAUUGCUCUUUGAACCUGUGUAAUUAACAACCAACAGAUAAUGUACAAACCCGACAACUCAGUUUGACAGGCUGGAUUAGAACAGUUUUUGUGUCCUCGGUUUGAUGACUUUUUUUUUUUUUUUUUUUUUUUUUAAAUUAAAGAAAUACUUUGGCAUUUUUCAACCUAAUCUAUAUCUGCUGCAUCUGUAGUUUGAGAGAUUACCGUGAUAAUUUCACUGUGGAGAGAACAAGCUCAAAACAUACUUAUACAAUAGCAGCCAGUGGGAAGGUGUCCUGGCAGAUGCCCAUUGGCUAAUUUUAUGAGUGUAAUUUGAAUCUGUACGUUUUCCAAACAAAGGGAAAUGUGUCAAAAGUAUUGUUUGUGGUAUUUAUGCAUAUGUUACAUAUGCAGUAUGUCAGAGAGAGACUAAAUUGAAAAACGCCAAAGUAUUCAUUUAAAGCACUUUAUAUUAUUUUUGCCAUAUUCACUGAGUAGUUGGCGGAGGUUCGGGGAGAGGCUAGCCGAGACUAAAAAGAAAUCAACCAGAGGACUAAACGGUGGGAGAGAUGUUCAUAUGCUCCGCUGAACAACUCUAUGACCCCUCCUGUUCACCAAAGGCUGGUGCGUUUUCUUUAGCAGAGUAGCCGCAUAGUUCACUGAAAUUUUGUUGACACUUCUGUCUCAGAUUUCCAGAAGAAUGAGUGACGUAUCUUGGGUUGCUGUCAAUUAUGUCUUUCGGGAAUGCAGUUGUUCGGUUUAAGUUGGAGCUGUAAAUCCAGCGGGAGACGACGCUGCUCAUUUGAAUUUCACGUCUGUGAAAGCUGGCUCAUUGGCCCCUUUUUUUUUUGGCUUUGACUGUAUGUGGUCUGUACCAUGUGCUUGAAGAUGAGGCUUUAUAUUUGUGCCCAUUGUGUCUUGUAUUAUGAGCAGCAGCCCCUAUAGUCAUUUUUUUGCAUUCUGUAGAAGUGUAUUGGAAAUGAAUGGCGCCUGUUUAAAGGGAAGACACCUAGGUUUUGUGUUUGUUGAACACACCAUGACUUGAUAUUUUCUUAGUUGGAUCACCUGAGUGACCAUGGAGGAAUUAAAUGCAGGACUGGUCAGUGUGUGCUUUAAGUGUAUGCUCCUGUGAUGGUCAUGAUGAUCAUAAUUGUCUUGUUUUUCUAUUGUCAAUUCAGUCUUUUAUUCCUUCAGUUUAAGGGAAUGCUCCAGCACUUUUCAACCUAAUCCUUAUUGUGUGUAGUAGAGUGUACUAUACCAAUAUUGAGACCUUGAGUAUCGAUACCAGUUUUUUUUUUUUUUUGUUGUUGUUGUUAUUUGUUUAUUUUUAGGAUUCCCAGUAGCUGCUAACAUGAUAGGCACUACUCUUCUUGGGGUCCAUACUACACAUUUUAAAAUAAGUGCAACAAACACUCAACAAAAGAAACAAAACACAGGUAAAACAAUAAAAGAAUAACAAAAAGAAACUGAGAGAAAACAAAACACAUGAAAAGUAGAAAAUAACACCAAUUUGAAAAUGGGAAAAAUCACACUGAAAAGUUUUUUUCUUACUGCUAAACUUUAAAAUGAGCUUUUUUUUACUGAAGCGCUUCAAUAACAUGGGAGCGAGUGCUGUUUCAGUAUAUAUUUAUUAUAAGAUUGGAUCACAUUCAGUAGUUUUGUCCCCCUUUCUGUUGAUUUUAUAUGGUUAAUUACCAUAUAAAUAGUUGCGAUAAACUUUUUGUUUGUUUUUGUGUGCAGCUAUUACAGCGCAAGACCAGAGUGGCCAAACUGGCUGAUCAGACACAGCUGAAGCUCAAACACAUAAGAUUACUCACUGCUGCCCUCUAAAGGUCUUAUAGGACCAGUCAGGCAUUUUGGUCAUUUACUGAUCUUUUAUUUGCAUCUAUUUGCAAUGACCCAACAAUUGUGAACCCGGUUCACUUGGCAUUUACUGCCACGUAUACAUGAUUAUUGGAACUAAUAACUGAAACAUGAUUGCGAUUGUGGUCAGCUUAAUCAGCCGUAGCAUACAGUUGAUUCCCAUGGAUAAUAAGUUUGACACGUAUUCCUGCACUUAAAAAUGAACAGAAACUCACGGCUGAGAACACUUAUGGAAGCCAUUAGGCAGUUGUGGAGUUGAUCACUGCCCACCGGCUUCUAUAACAGAUUUUCUGUUCUUGUAUGGGGAACACGUAUUAAAAUCAUGUCCAUAGGAAACAGUCACACGCUACAUGAAUGAAGCAGGUGAAGAUUGGGUUGAAAAACACUGGAGUUUAUCUGUCAGCCUUCUACUUAGCUUGAAUGAGUUAACUGUACCAUCGCUCAGAAAGAGGAUGAAGUGUUGGUGUGAGAGGAGGUCGUUCCUCUCUGUCGUCAGUAGAGUAAAGAUGCCUCCUGCUGGCCAUCCAAAGUAACUGUCACUCAGAGAGAAGGCGCUGUGGUUUUUGCUUUGGUGAACGUGAGCCUGGCUCUGUUGGUUUUACUGCCAUAUGCACUAAAUGCUCUGUGCAUUCCAAUAUUAACUGGACCUCAUGAGCCCAGACGGCCCAAACUGAGGACCUUUAGAGAUGGUGUGCAAUCACAUGCAGUUCUGUUUUGGAAUACGUCAUGUGAAUGGAAGUUCUUAUUAAACACAUUGUCAGGAUCGUCGUUCUGGUUUUUAUACACUUUUAAAGGACCUUGCACAGGCAAAACUAGUCAGUUCAUCCACACUAGGGGAUCUGAACUAUUUGAGCCUUGCACACCAGCAUAACUUGAGUCUCUGCUGUCACUUGAUUCAGACCUUCUGCCUUUCUGAAUGUUUUUCACUUACCCUUUUUGCACAAAAAUGCAGGCUUUUGAUGUAUGUCCUGAAAUAAUUUCUGAAGGUUAACUUGAUUCUGCUAUUUUUGUUCUUGUAUUUUAUAUAUUUUUGUCAUCCAUCUUAUUAUUGUUGUUAUCAUUCUUCUUCUUAUUGUUAUUUACUCAUUUGUGUUGGAUGAUGAUGAUGAAUGAAAAUGAAUGAACGUUGAUGUCUGUUUUAUCAUAUCACCACCUUUGCUUAUGACAACCAAAAUCACAACCACAUGUCUGAAACAUUGUGAAGAAAUAUGUUUUAAUAUGGACUAGAGGACAAUAUCAGCAAUAAUGUGUUAUUUUUCCUCCUUUCUCCAUGCCAAACUGUAUAGCCUAGUCCUGAAAAAAGGAUCUUGUGUCAAAUUGGGAGUAUGGAGAAAUAGCAUUUUGCUGUUGUCAGAAAAUGAGUGUAGAGUUUAGCAAUGCCCACAAUCACUGACAGUAUUUGUGAAAUCUCUAUUUUGGACCCAGCUGGACAAUUGCUGAAUAUUAAAGAGAGCAAGAUGUCAUGCUAAGAAGAUGUUUAAAAUAUUUUAAUAGUAUUUUUAAAUUAUAUUAUUGAUUAUUAUUAUUAUUAUUAUUAUUAUUAUUAUUAUUAUUAUUAUUAAUGAAUCUAUUGGCUUUGACAUUCCCACUAAAUCUCACACUGUCCGGUGCUCAUAGGCAAAAAAGGCACUCGGUACUUCUCCAGCAAAUUUAGCUUCUUUUUAGAAUUGAACAGUUAUCCUCUUUGUCUUUACAGUGCUGCGUGUUUGAUGGGUGGUUUGUACCCAUAAAUAUCAUAUUCUGCUCUUCAUUAACCAUAAAACAUAAAUCUAGA